GAAGACAUUCCUGUCUUGUGAAGCAAGUCUGUUUGUAUUUUAGGUUUGCCAGGACUAAUGAAUUAAAACAUUUGGACGCUCUACAGCUUGCUGUUUAUCAAUGCUUCUGACAGGAGGAGGGUUUUACUUUUGCUCUUGCUUUUUCUAGAAACAUGACAACAUCCUGGCUGUCGGAGUGGCAAGGAAAGGAGAGAGGGGCUAGGCGAGGAAGCGGAACAGGGAGGUCCCGUGGGAUGGGACGCUGGGGUCCGGGGCAGAGCAGGUAGUGUGCAGCCUGGGCAGCUGUCUCUGCUCCUCAGAGUGUCGGUGGCUGCUAUGCGGCAGGCGCAGACUGCUCUCUCGCUGAGUCUUGAUUCCACAAACUCAACGACUGGCCAAGGCAGUGGCUGGCCCUGGAUUACACAAGCGCAGACUCUCAACUAAGUGAGCUGGAAGACCCAGGAGAAGGCUGGGCCUCAGGUGCCCACAUGAUCAGCACAGCCCGGGUACCUGCAGAUAAGCCAGUUCGCAUCGCAUUUAGCCUCAAUGAUGCCCCAGAUGAUACACCAUCUGAAGAUGCCAUUCCUUUGGUCUUCCCAGAGUUAGAGCAGCAGCUCCAGCCUCUGCCGCCUUGUCACGACUCGGUAGAGUCCAUGCAGGUGUUUAAACAACACUGCCAAAUAGCAGAAGAGUACCAUGAAGUCAAAAAAGAGAUCGCCUUGCUUGAGGAAAGGAAGAAAGAGCUCAUCGCCAAGCUGGACCAGGCAGAAAAGGAGAAGCUGGACGCUGCUCAGCUGGUUCAGGAAUUUGAGGCUCUGACGGAGGAGAACCGGACGCUGAAGAUGGCCCAGUCUCAGUGUGUAGAGCAACUGGAAAAACUCAGAAUCCAGUAUCAGAAGAGGCAGGGCUCCUCCUAACGCCAGCCCAUGAAAUGUGAGCCAGGUUGCUGACUGCUAUGAGCUGGCCAAAAGGAUUUGCAUCUUAAGGAACAGAGAGUAAAAUCUAUUGCUUUUCUUUAUUACCCAUAUGGCAAAUGUCUAGAAUGAGUUUAGUGCUGCCUAGUGUCUAGCUUGAGAGAGGGAUAUUUUAUUUUAAGUGAGGUCAUUAAUGCAAAGCUAUCACCAGUAUAUAUUUUCAGAGAUCAGAGUCUUUUUUUCCAAAUAUGUAUAUAUACAUAUACAUAUAUAUAUAUACAUAUAUAUUUCUUAGAAAGUUAUGAUUAUACUAUACAUUACAGUAGAAAAUAAUAAAAAAUAGAGUAUUGACUGGUCCCACUGAAAAUCAUGAGCUGUAAAACAAGCCAGUAGGGUGUUCACUGUAGUUUCACAUGUGUGCAUUUUAAAAUUUUAUGCCUUUUCAUAUUUCAAGUCCGUUCAGCUACAAACCACGGAGACUAGCUGUGUUCAGUAGAGUCAGAUGUAACUCUUCGGUGACUGUCCUAAGAACAAAUGGUUGCAUAGCCUAAAUGCUUUCUCAUGAAAAUAUCAGCAGGCAUGUGUCCUUGCCCAGAGCUCACUGGUCAGUGCUGAUUUGUAUAAUGAAGAAUCAAAGCUGGCUAUGCCUAUUUUCCCUUUGUGUUAGCAUGCAGUGGUCACGUUUGCCUUGGCCGUGUGUGUCUUCGGGAUCUGGGCAUGGGGAAAGUAGAAUGCUAUCAUUCAGACACACAGUUGAGUGUGUGUAAGACCAGCGAGAGGACAUAAGUAGUGUUGGAGAUGUCAGGAGACAGGUUAGAUCAGGAAAGCUGACAGGAAUGUGCGCAUGAAUGCAGAAUUAGAGUGCUCUCCCUUUGCUGUCUCCCACACUUUCCUGACUGUCUUUGUUUUGUAUCCGUUUCCAAUCACGUGACUUCUUUUUCAUUAAAUGUGGAUCCA